AUGGCCAAAACCCACCAAAGAAAUAAAACCGUCCCGACGAGAACCUACCCUGUUUUUAUCUCUUAUCGUAAAGGAAGUGAUCUGCAAAAGCUUGUACGGUUGGUGGUGAAAGUCAGAAUAUUCACCACAAAAUGCACUCUUCUAUAUGAUAUUGGCAAUGUCGGAGUUGAAGGGGUUAAAAACAUCCUUGUUAUUGAAGUUCACAACCUAACUCAGGAUCAAGAACACAAACUGGGGGCACUUAUAAGUUCAAUGCUGGCAAUGUCACGAUUCAGCACCAAGGCGUGA